CCUAACUUCAUCUAUUUAUACACCCCAUCAACCCUUCCAUUUCCAAUCCACCAGCUACUUUCCAAUCCCUCAGCUGCUUCUUCUCUCCCUCCUUCUGUUCCUCGUCCAACAAUUGAGAACUUACUGUCAAGAAAGAUGUCUGGAGUCUGGGUGUUCAAGAAUGGAGUUGUGAGGCUUGUGGAGAACCCUGCAAAUGAGCAAUCCUCUACAGUUCGUCGGAAGGUAUUGCUUCACACUCCCACUAAUGAGGUGAUCAACUCCUAUGCCUCUCUCGAACGCAAGCUCACCAGCCUAGGAUGGGAGCGAUACUACGAAGACCCUGACCUCCUCCAGUUCCACAAGCGCUCAUCGAUCGACCUCAUCUCGCUCCCGAGGGAUUUCAGCCAUUUCAAGUCCAUGCACAUGUAUGACAUCGUCGUCAAGAAUCGUGAAUCCUUCCGGGUCAUCGAUAUGUAGUAUUUCUUUUCUAAACGAUGGCCUUCCUCUCUAAGCUUUGGUAGUGCAUGUUAAGAUAUCAUUGGUGUGAGCGUGAGCUUUCCAUUGUUUUUGCCUUUGUUUCUUCUGUUGUGUGUUUCAAUAUGUGUGUCCUGUGGUCACAUUGUGAGAUCCUGUAGAAAUGGAAUUAUGGACUUCUUGUCCAAUAUUUAUUUAAUUUGCUGUAUUGGUUUUAAAUUAAGUUUGAACUACAUUACAUGCAAAUAAGAUAAGAAAGGCCCUAUGA